CUUCUUAAAAUACUUAACAACGCCGUUUACAACGGAUCCACCACGGCCAUGGCUAACCCCCUGAUCGCAUUCACUCUGAUCAAGCGCUUACAGUCUGAGUGGGCCAACCUGGUCUACAGCAACGAAGCCUCCGAGAACACACAAGCCCUGAGGUCCGGUUUCAAGGCGCUGGAGGCCAGCCUGCCCAAGAUGGAGGACCUGCAGGGUGCUGCUAAGGCCCUGAUGCGGCUCCAGGAUGUUUACGCUCUCCAGGUGGGGAGCCUGACCCGGGGUCGCUUCCAGAGAGCUGCACGGGGCGACCCCGUGGACAUCUAUCGGCCCGCAGUCUCCGUCCCUCUCUCUGGCGACGACUGCUUCCUGGUACCUCAAUGCUUAUGGCCGUAUAUGUCCCAUACAGGAAAACAAUCAAAUACUUUCCCCUUUGAUCUGUCAGUGGAGUUGUAUCUCAGAGAGAGUUCCCUCUGGCUGUGUUCCUGUAAUAAUAGCCUAAACUUGCUCAGAUUAGACCGCUAG